CAAGGUGUCAUACAAAAUUUAAAAUGUCAUUAUCGUCGCAGAAUUUUAAAAAAUACUAUAAAAUGCUUUGAAGUAAACAAAAAUCUUAACAUUACAUUAAUGGACUGUGUUGAUGAAAUAACUAAUGCAUGGAAUAUCGAUGUUAAGCCUGAAAUCAUCUCUAAUUGUUUUAGAAAAGCCGGCUUCGGUUAAUAUUCUGAAUGGGAGGAAGAAGAUGACAUUCUUUUGGUUUUUAUAAGCGAACACAUAAAAGAAAGGAGUAAGGAAGAAAUUCAACUGCAGAAUGAAUAUGAAGCUUGGCAAAAUAUCAAAGUUUCCCACGGAUGAAGAUAUUGUGGAGCCAUUGGGAUCUAAAUCCGAUUUUGAGCUUGAUAGCGAAAGUGAUAUAGAAGAUGAUUUGCAAGAUGAUAUGGUGCAACCAGUUUCAAUCGAGCUAGUUGCAAAUUCGUUCAAGAUUUUGCGGUCAUAUUUAAAAACCAAUGAACAUACAACGGAUUCUCUGUACAAUGGUUUAAAUAAUAUUGAAGCUUUUUUUGAAGAUCAGAAUAAAAAAUCCUCUCGUCAAUCCCAAAUAACUGACUUUUUUACUUUAAAGGAAUGGAAGCUAUACAUCUAUUCAUACAAUGUUAUUAAUUAUACACAGCUCACCUCAGAUUGUGAUGACGAAAUGUCUACUGUCUCAGUUCUCACUAAGACAAAUGACAUUUCACCACGCGUCAGCUCAGAUUAA